AUGAAGACAGCCCGUGCGUCCGUUGGCCUGUUGGCCAUCCUCGCAUUUCUCUGCGUCUUGCCAGUGUUUUCCUCAUCACAGACCCAGACGGAAGUGACUGACACAACGCCAUCCUGCAGCGAGCAGACUAGCUUGACCCUGAUCCUCCAAGGAAACGACACCGAGGCGUCCUUCCGAUGCCCGGCGACCUGGACACUGAAACCCCAGGACGUGACGAAAGUGUGCCGAGAGAGUGAAUGUACAAAUGCCGAUGAUACAUUGGAAUCGUUUGUCCCAGGAGCGACACUGACCCAUGACUCAGCAAAAUCCGUGUACACACUAGCUCUUCCUACCGACCGACAGGACAAGACGUUCUACUACAACUGCGCCGAACCAGCCUCAAACGCCCACGCGGCGAAGGGAACUGGCAGAGGCGGAUCGAACAAAACAUGCAAGAUUACGGUCAAAGUCCUCGCUUCGGAAGGGAAGCAGACGGUUACCUGUGCGGCAGGGGAGACCCACGUGGCGACAGUCUCAGCCAUCGGCAAUGCCGUGACGUUGACAUGUCCAGAGAGCUCGACUUUGAAGCCUGAGGACGUUUUGCAAGUAUUUGAUGACAGAGACGGCAGAUGCGCAUCAGCAGUCGCGCUCACUUCCCUUGUCGAUGGUGCGCUUUCCGCGGCGACACCAGCGACUCAGGCAAAGACAGCAAGCAGCCAGUAUGUUUUCAGCGUCAAUCAACUGCCUGAAGAGACACAGCAGCUGUGCUACAAGUGCGUCACACCAGCAAAUGACCGGAAAAAAGACGCCUCUACGGAAUGCAUGCUCAAACUCACGGUGAAGUCCGGGGCUGCUGCUUUGGCCACCGCAUCCAUCUCCGUUGGUGUCCUUGCGUCGCUCGCCAGCUUCCUGUCGGCAAACUAA